AUGGCCGAAAUAAAGCCGAGCGAGCUGGAGCUGUUGAAAGAAGAGCAUGAGUCGUUGAAACAGAAACUGAAGAAAAGUUCUGAAGAAAAUGCGAAUAUUCGGGAAGCGGCGCUAAAGGUGUUAGAAAGGGACAGGGAUAAAACUGAUCUCGAACGUUUGAAAACAACUUUAAACUACCGGGAUUCUGUUUUAUCGGACAUGGAGGAAAGGAUCAGUGAAUUGAGCCAAGAAUUACUGAUUAGCAAAACAAAAUAUACAGAUGAAAUAACAUCUUACAAACGCGAAAAUGCGUUGCUCAAGGAUCAGCUGCUUGACAGGGAUAACGAAUAUUGUUCCGUAAAAGAAGAAUUGCGGCAAUUACGAGAUAAGCUUGCUCGGAAAGGAGAGCAGCUGGCUGCUUCUACUCAAAUAACGUCGUCAAAUGAAACUUCGUUGAAUAUGUCUGCUCAGCCAGAGGAAAAUAUUUCCAUGCUGAAGGAAGAACUUUCCAAAAUCAGAAACGAUUUAUCAGAGUGCAUUGAAAAGAACGAGUCUUUGGAAUUGUCGAAUGAUGAACUGCAAGUGAAACUAAAGUCGGAGCAGCUAAUGAGAGAAAAUGUCGAGGAACUUUGCAGCAGCUACAAAUUUGAAAUUGAGGACUGCAAGAGGAGAAUUGGUGAGCUGGACGCGGAACUUCUUGAACUGCGUUGUCCAAAAAUGACUAGAAAGGGAAAUUCGAUGUUUUCGGAGUUUGUUGAUGAGAGAUUGAAGUUAGAGAAGGAUCUGGUGAAGAUGAAGGCUCAAAUGGACGCACUUGUGAGCGAAAGCGAACUUUUGAGAAGAGAAAACAACAGUCUACGUGAAGAUUAUUUACUUGCACUAUCGAGAGGGACUGUUGAUGUAUCUACAGGAAGCACUCUAGAAAUGCAAAAAGAAAUAUUUAAUUUACGCUCGGAGCUCGAAACAUUAAGACAAGCACAGCUCCAGAGAAAAGAAGCGGAUGUUCAAAAGGGGGAGUCUAAGGCGUCAGUGGUUAUUAACAGAAGCAACGCUUUUCUUCAAGAUGCUUGUGCAUCUAUGAGGGAGGAGAUAAAGGCUUUGAAGAAGAGACUUACUGAUGCUCAAAAUGAUCGGGCAUCGUAUUUCGACAAGGUUAACGAGUACCAGAGCAAAUUUUUGGUUGCAUCAGCUAGGAAUCGAAAUUUCGAGACUGAAGUUCUAAGGUUGAAAAAAAAAUUGAAAAGGGAAGAAACAAAGAAUGGGGUAGCGAGAAUUUCGAAAGUAGAAAAAGAUAGAAUGGUUGAAAAAAUUUUGAAUGUACAAGCGAAUAUUGAUGCCAAUUUUUCAACCACAUUUAAUUCUGUUGGCACAGAGCUGCCAGUUCCAGUUGAUACUUGUAAAGAAGGCCCUUUUGACACACUGACAAAAAAUAAUCUUUCAGAAAAUGGUUUAUCCAUUGAAAACUGCUCUGAGCAUUCUGCCACUUCUUGUCCUAAUUCACCAACGAAGAGACGAGGAGAUCCAUUUGGUGAUGAAAAUCUACCGUUGGAAAAACGGGUUAGACGUGUUCAGUUCACUGACGAAGUACUGGUUUGUUCACUCGGAUCAGAAAGUUCAUUAAGGGUUAAGCCUUUGGGUCGACGUGAUUUUAAAAAAAAGAGACCGAAUUUUGAUGUUACAUUAGCUGGGUUAGCUACACGAGCGUUUGUUGUAGCUAAAGGCGUUGGUCGAGUGAGGAGCCUUAUGUUUUUGCGAGGAGCAGAGGAAUCUGUUUUUGAGGAGCUUUUGGAAGUGAAGCAUCGGCCUCAAGAAUGGAAGGACCGCCCAACAGAGUGGGAGAAAGCUGGGGAGAACAAUGUUGUUGAUUGCAUGUUUACUAGUGGUGCGUACGCUGGAUGUAUUAGCGGAACAUCAGGCGGGUACAGGAGCGGAUGGGUGUGGUUUUUUGUGAAGUGUGUCAGGGUUGCUAGCAAUUUUGUUAUGUUUUUUGGCCACGAUGUUCAACUUAUUUUGGCUGUAUUGGUUGUCGCCUAG